AUGUUUUGUGGCUUUGGAUGGAUGCCGAAUUGGGUAUACUGUUUCUGGAUCUAUGGGAAAGUAGUCAAGCGGGAUUCUUGGCUAAAUGUGAUCUUUUUGGGUUCAUCAUUGGGUUCCUUUGUUGCUAACUGGACAUGCAUGGUUUUUAAAACUAAAACAAAUAAAAUCUUUUCAGCUGCAACAGGCAAUCUGCAAUUGCUUGAACUCAAUAUGCGUUACCACCCUUGUUUUCUUCAAAGGGCUUAG